AUGGAGAUUUUUAAGAAAUUGGAGAUUAACAUACCUUUCUCCGAAUCCUUGCGACAAAUGCCCUCAUAUGCUAAAUUUCUGAAGGAGCUCCUCACUAAGAAAAGGAAGUACAUUGAAGAGGAAACCAUUGAAGUUCAAGGAAACUGCAGUGCUAUCAUACAAAAGCUUCUACCUCCCACGUUGAAAGAUCCCAGAAGCUUCAUCAUUCCUUGCACUAUAGGAAAUAUCUCUGUUGGAAAGGCACUAAUUGAUUUGGGAGCCAAUAUCAAUCUCAUGUCGCUCUCCAUCUUUGAAAAGAUUAAAGGUUUGGAACUCAAGCCUACUCGGAUGACUCUUCAACUAACAGAUAGAUCUCUGAAAUAUCCUUAUGGGGUAGCUGAAGAUGUGCUUGUGAAGACUGCAAGAGUUUUGAUUGAUGUGGAAAACGAAAAACUGAAGAUUGGAGUAGAAGAUGAAGAAAUAAAUUUUGAUGUUUUUGAAGCUAUGUCUCACCCAAAGGAUGACAAGGAGUGUUUCCAUCUUGACACUCUUGACGAAAUUUGCAUGGUUUAA